UAUUUUGAAAUAAUAAAUAAAUGUUAAUUUUAAUACUUAAUAAUUCUUUUUUUUUUAAAUAAUAAUAAUUAAAUAUUUGAAAAUCAUUACAAUUAAAACGAAAGUUAUAAUUUAUAAGAUAAUAAAUAAAAAAUAUUGCGGAUGUAAUUUUCAUCAGAUAUGCCAGCUACCAAUUUAUGUCAUGUCCAUGUGCAAUGUAUGCACUAGUGGCAACAACAACAAGCUUAAGGCGUUCUCCACGGCUAAAUACAAACUCAGACAAGACAACUAUGACACUAUCGUGUCUGAUAUAUAGUGCAAUCAAUGCAUACAAUAUUUCCUUUUUUUUUCUUUUAUAACUACCACCCAUUCUCAUAAGAUUUUGCAGGAUAUAAAUACGUUCGAGUCACGGUCCAAUGCACAGAAUACUUACUAACCCUUUUGAGUUAACAGUGAUUUUGGUUAUACGUUAAGAUGUUUAAGAUAAUUAUUUUUAGCACAUUGCUGGCAUGUGCAAACGCUUAUUACAAUCAUGGACCAGCAUUAGCGCCACCUAAUUAUUACUACGGUCAUUAUGGACACCCAGUAGCGCCAAUAGCUCCAGUAGCGCCAGUAGCUCCAGUAGCUCCAGUAGCUCCAGUAGCUCCACUGUACAAUCAUCUAACCGGAGUAGCACCAUACGUGCCCAAGACCGUUGCUCAACCAAUCGUUAAUCCUUUCCCAACAGCCAGCAGACAUGGAAUAAAUGUCAAUCACCUCAACCAUCUUAAUCACGGAUAUUAUCAACAUUCUGGAGCAUACGGAGCUCACUCAUUGUCAGCAACUCCAGCACCCACGUCAUCUUAUUUACCACCGCCAGUUAUUGCUCCGCCUACUGUCACUUACAAUAACAAUGUUAUUCCACCUUCAGUACAAAAUGUAAAUCAUCAAACACCUCCAGCAAAUUAUCAACCUCAUCCCAUUAAUUAUCAGCACCGUCCCUAUGCGCCAGUUUAUUCUCAUGCUCAUAUGUACAAUCAUGUUAAUUAUGGAUGGUAAAAAAAAAUACUUUUUUCUCUUUAAAUAAUUAUAAUUUUAUUAAUACUUACGCUUAUAAUAAUAAUUAUGUUGUAUUAAAAUUAACAAGUGCCUAUAAAAUAAAGUACGUGGUAUCAUAAUUUUAAAUUUUUGUCGCUGUAAUUAAUUUGAAAGUUUUUUUUUCGUGGAGUUGACUGGAAAUUUUAUUUCCUUUCAAAUGAAUAUCCACAUCGAUGGGUAGUAAAAAAAAAACGUUUUUUGUAAAAAUAAAUUUUGAAUUUCUGAAAAAAAUUUGUGAAACUAAUAUAUUGAUGUGGGUACUCAUUUCAGAAGAAAUGCAAUAAACGAUUGAACUGUCGCAUCUAAACAUAAAAAAUAAAAUUUUGAAAAAUUUUUGAAUUUUCAAAAAAAAAACUUUACUUAAAUAUAUUGAUGUCGGUACUCAUUUCGAAGGAAAUACAAUUUUCUACAUAACCAUCGUAUCAAAACAUGAUGAAAAAAAAAUUUGAAAAAUUUUUAAAUUUUGAAAAAAAAAUUGUUGUCAAAUAUAUCGAUGUGAGUACUCAUUCUUCAGGAAAUUAAAUUUGUAGCUCAUU